AUGACACAAGAUUCACGGAAUUUAAAAGAAAUUUUAAGAAAAAGAAAGAGACAGAGAGAGAUGGAAAGACGGAGAGAGGCUCAAUACAGGAGUCCACGGAUAACAGAGCAUCCCAGUGACAUAAUUGUUGCAAAAAACGAACCUGUCACCCUAAAUUGCAAAGCUGAAGGUCGUCCUGAACCCACUAUCGAGUGGUUCAAGGACGGACAACCCGUCAGGACUAGCCCCGAGGACAACAAGUCCCACCGGGUCCUGCUGCCUGCUGGCUCUCUGUUUUUUCUACGUACCGUCCAUGGACGACGAGAGCAGGACGGCGGAGUCUACUGGUGCGUUGCCAGGAACGCUGCAGGAGUCGCCAGGAGCAAUAAUGCCACUCUACAAGUUGCAGGUAAGCAAUAAUGACUCUGUACAUGCAUGUGAUUGUCUAGUUUUC